GCGAUCCAAUAACGUUCUUUUAUCCAUUGUUUUUUUUUCCCGAAUUUAUAUUAAGUGGUGGUUCAUCGGAGGUGAAAAUGCAGCUGGUCAGCGGUAUCCUCACACACACAUUCAAAAUGGCGGAUACAGAAGUCCCGCAGGGAUUGCGCUCUGUCAAACACAUCAUUCUGGUGCUAUCGGGAAAAGGCGGUGUGGGAAAAAGUACGGUUGCCACCCAGCUCUCCUGGGCCUUGUAUAAUCAGGGAAACAAGGUUGGUUUACUCGACAUUGACCUCUGUGGUCCUAGUAUUCCCAGAAUGAUGAAUGUUGAAAACAAUGAUGUCCACCAAUGCUCAGAUGGGUGGGUCCCAGUCUACACAGGUCCUGACCAGAGGCUUGGUGUUAUGUCCAUAGGGUUUCUGCUCCAUAGCAAGGAGGACGCAGUGGUCUGGAGGGGACCCAAGAAAAAUGCUAUGAUCAAACAGUUUUUGUCUGAUGUGUGCUGGGGAUAUAUAGACUACCUCAUAAUUGACACACCCCCUGGAACGUCAGAUGAGCAUAUAACUGUUGUUGAGAACCUUAAAACAUGCCACCCUGAUGGAGCAAUCCUUGUAACAACACCACAGGGUGUUGCUAUAUCAGAUGUGAGACGAGAGAUCACAUUCUGCAAAAAGACAAAAAUUCCAGUCCUUGGGAUUGUAGAGAAUAUGAGUGGAUUUGUUUGCCCACACUGUAGCGAAUGCACAAAUGUGUUUUCAAAAGGUGGUGGGGAAGCUUUAGCAAAGGAGUGUGAAGUCCCAUUCCUUGGUUGUAUUCCUCUAGACCCAAAUCUAACCAUGAACAUAGAAGAUGGGAAAAGCUUUAGUGAUUUACUUAGUAACUCGCCUGCUGUAGAGUCUGUAAAUUCAAUUGUAACAAAAAUAUCCCAUGCCACUUCACAAAAUCAGACAUAGCACAUUUUCACUUUUAUUAUCAGACUUUGGAAUUGUCUGAGGCAAAAUUAACUGACUGUUUUGGUCUGACACACACUCAUGCAACCUGCCAAAAUAAAGCAAAAUAUUGUA